UUGUAAUUGUUAUCAAAUUCAUACGAAAUUUCUAUCGCCUUUAUUAAUUCUCAGGUUGGCAACGAUAAAAUUAAACGCAACUAAAACGUUUUAGUUGUCAAACAAACAAAAAAGAUGGCGGAUGCUGCCGCGAGACAGCUUCAAUACGAAUAUAAAGCCAAUUCAAACCUUGUAUUACAAGCUGAUGUUCGUCUUAUCGAACGAAGAAGUAGAGAUGAAGCUACCGGUGAGGUUAUGUCCCUUGUGGGAAAGCUCGUUGGAACUCGAAUGGGAGAUCGCGCUCAGAGAUCUCGUCCUGGAAAAGCGGAAGAGCGUAAAGUGAAGCGACAAAAACGUGAUGAAGCUCAGUAUGAUUUUGCUCGAAUGAAAGGUGCCACUUUAUUAUCCGAAGGUGUGGAUGAAAUGGUUGGAAUAAUAUAUAGACCAAAAACGCAAGAAACUCGACAAACUUACGAAGUCCUUCUUAGUUUUCUCCAAGAAGCUUUAGGCGAUCAACCUAGGGAUAUUUUAUGCGGUGCUGCUGAUGAAGUUUUAGCCGUGCUAAAAAAUGAUCGAUUAAAAGAGAAGGAAAAGAAGAAGGAAACAGAGAUGUUGAUUGGAGGGUUAGCAGAAGAAAGAUUUGCGCUUUUGGUUAAUUUAGGGAAAAAAAUAACAGAUUUUGGUGGGGAUGAAACAAAAAUUAGUAACCCAACAGAUGAAAAUAUGGAUGAAACAUAUGGAAUUAACGUACAAUUUGAAGAAUCAGAGGAAGAAGAUGAUGAAGACAUGUAUGGGGAGGUUCGAGAAGAAAUGGAUGAUGAAGAAGGCGAAGAAGCUAAAGAAAGUGGAGCCAUUCAUGCUGAAAAUCUUGGUGGCGUUGAAGAAAUGAAAAAAGAAAAAACAUUACAUCCAUUAGAUAUAGAUGCUUAUUGGUUGCAAAGAAGAUUAUCAAAAAUUUAUGAUGAUGCCAUGGUGUCUCAAGCGAAAGCUGCGGAAGUUUUAAAUGUUUUGAGCGCUUCCGGCGAUGAUAGAGAAUGCGAAAAUCAAUUGGUAUUAUUAUUGGGUUACGAAUGCUUUGAUUUUAUAAGAAUUUUAAAACGACAAAGACAAAUGAUUCUUUACUGCACAUUAUUGGCCAAAUCACAAAGCGAUUCAGAAAGGCAAAAAAUUCGCGAAAAAAUGUCCGGGGAUUCACACCUAGUAAAAAUUUUGCAGAUUUUAGAUACCGGAAAAGGUGAUGAUGAUGAAGAAAACGAUGAAAACGAUUCCUUAAACCACAGUUCUAGGCGAAAAAUGAAUUUAGACGAUCAAAUUCAAGCAAAUUCAUCAACUCAAGUUUCCGGUUCAAGACAAAUAAUUGAUUUGGAAGAUCUUGUUUUUAACCAAGGCUCACAUUUUAUGGCAAAUAAACGGUGUCAACUCCCAGAUGGAUCGUUCAGAAAACAAAGGAAAGGUUACGAAGAGGUUCAUGUCCCAGCUCUCAAACCAAAGCCAUUCGAAGAUAACGAAAAGCUUGAACCAAUCGAACAAUUACCCAAAUAUGUGCAACCUGUUUUUGAAGGAUUUAGAACAUUAAAUCGAAUACAGAGUCGAAUAUGUAAAGCUGCUUUAGAUUCUGACGAGAAUUUAUUGGUUUGCGCCCCUACGGGAGCAGGUAAAACAAACGUUGCUCUUCUAUGUAUGAUGCGAGAAAUUGGAAAACAUAUAAACGAUGAUGGUACAAUUAACGCAGAUGAUUUUAAAAUAAUUUAUGUGGCCCCCAUGAGGAGUUUAGUACAAGAAAUGGUUGGAAAUUUCUCUAAAAGAUUGUCAAGUUACAAUUUAACCGUUUCAGAAUUAACAGGCGAUCAUCAAUUAACACGAGAACAAAUUGCUGCAACUCAAAUUAUUGUUUGUACCCCCGAAAAAUGGGAUAUAAUCACGCGAAAAGGUGGUGAAAAAACCUUUACAAGUUUAGUCCGGUUGGUUAUAAUUGACGAAAUCCAUUUAUUACAUGAUGAAAGGGGUCCUGUUUUAGAAGCCCUCGUCGCCAGAACAAUCAGAAUGAUCGAAUCCACGCAAGAAGAUGUACGAUUAGUUGGAUUAUCAGCUACUUUACCCAAUUAUCAAGAUGUUGCAACUUUUUUAAGAGUUAAAUCUGAUUCAGGAUUAUUUUAUUUCGAUAAUAGUUUUCGCCCUGUCGCUUUAGAACAACAAUACAUCGGCGUGACAGAAAAAAAAGCAAUUAAGCGCUACCAAGUAAUGAAUGAGAUUGUUUAUGAAAAAACGAUGGAACAUGCAGGAAAAAAUCAAGUACUAAUUUUCGUUCAUUCAAGAAAAGAAACUGGAAAAACCGCAAGGGCCAUCCGAGAUAUGUGCUUAGAAAAGGAUACUUUGGGACAAUUCUUAAGAGAAGGUUCUGCGUCGAUGGAGGUUUUACGAACUGAAGCGGAACAAGUAAAAAAUCAAGAGUUGAAGGAUUUGUUGCCGUAUGGAUUUGCGAUACAUCAUGCUGGAAUGACUAGAGUUGAUAGGACUCUAGUUGAAGAUUUAUUUGCUGAUAGGCAUAUUCAAGUGUUGGUUUCAACGGCUACUUUAGCUUGGGGGGUUAAUUUACCUGCCCACACUGUUAUUAUUAAGGGUACACAGAUUUAUAAUCCGGAAAAGGGACGUUGGACAGAAUUGGGUGCUUUGGAUGUUUUGCAAAUGUUAGGUCGUGCUGGAAGACCACAAUACGAUACAAAAGGAGAAGGAAUAUUAAUAACGAAUCACAGCGAACUUCAAUAUUAUCUCUCAUUAUUAAACCAACAGCUUCCGAUUGAAUCGCAAUUAGUUUCAAAAUUACCCGAUAUGUUAAACGCAGAAAUUGUUUUAGGAUCAAUACAAAGCGUUAAAGAUGCGGUGACUUGGUUAGGUUACAGUUAUCUUUACAUAAGAAUGUUGCGACAACCCACGUUAUACGCAAUUUCUCACGAUCAAUUCAAACAAGAUCCGCUUCUAGAACAACAUAGAGCCGAUAUCGUUCAUACGGCUGCUUUGCAUUUAGAUCGAUCUGGUUUAAUCAAAUACGACCGGAAAGUCGGUCAAUUUCAAAUAACGGAAUUGGGAAGAAUUGCGUCUCAUUAUUAUUGUACCCAUGACACUAUGUCUACUUAUAAUCAAUUAUUAAAACCGAUGUUGAGUGAAAUCGAAUUGUUUCGGGUGUUUUCGUUAUCAGGAGAAUUUAAAAAUAUUACGGUACGCGAAGAGGAAAAAUUGGAGCUACAAAAAUUGAUGGAAAGAGUUCCGAUUCCGAUUAAAGAAAGUAUGGAAGAACCAUCCGCGAAAGUAAACGUGUUAUUACAAGCGUACAUUUCUCAAUUGAAAUUAGAAGGUUUCGCUUUGAUGUCUGAUAUGGUUUAUGUGACCCAAUCCGCGGCGAGAUUGAUGCGAGCUAUUUUUGAAAUUGUUUUGCAUAGAGGUUGGGCUCAAUUAACUGAUAAAACUUUGUCUUUGUGUAAAAUGAUCGAUAAAAGAAUGUGGCAAUCGAUGUCUCCUCUAAGACAAUUUAGAAAAAUGCCCGAAGAGAUUGUUAAGAAGAUCGAAAAAAAGAAUUUUCCUUGGGAGAGAUUAUAUGAUUUAGGCCCAAAUGAAAUUGGAGAAUUAAUCCGUGUUCCUAAAUUGGGGAAAACUAUUCAUAAAUACGUCCAUCAAUUCCCAAAAUUAGAACUUUCCACUCAUAUUCAACCCAUAACCAGAUCGACCUUAAGAGUUGAAUUGACGAUAACCCCAGAUUUCCAAUGGGAUGAAAAGUUACAUGGAGCUUCCGAAGCGUUUUGGAUUUUAGUUGAAGAUGUUGAUUCGGAGGUUAUUUUACAUAACGAAUAUUUCUUGUUGAAAGCGAAAUAUGCCGCCGAUGAACACUUGGUGAAAUUUUUUGUACCGAUUUUCGAACCACUUCCGCCUCAAUAUUUCUUACGAAUCGUUUCUGAUCGUUGGAUAGGCGCGGAAACACAACUCCCCGUUUCGUUUAGGCACUUAAUUCUGCCCGAAAAAAAUUUCCCCCCCACAGAAUUACUAGAUUUACAACCACUUCCCAUAACAGCAUUAAGAAACUCAAAAUACGAAUCGUUGUAUUUAGAAAAAUUCCCCCAAUUUAAUCCGAUACAAACUCAAGUAUUUAACGCUGUUUAUAACAGUGAUGAUAAUGUUUUUAUUGGGGCACCGACUGGGUCUGGGAAAACUGUAAUAGCCGAAUUUGCCGUUUUGAGACUUUUUCAACAAAACUCAGACGGGCGAUGCGUUUAUUUGGUGCCAAAAGAUGCUUUGGCUGAGUUGAUUUUCGCAGAUUGGCACAAUAAAUUUGGGCAAUUAUUAGGGAAAAAAGUUGUUUUAUUAACGGGGGAAACCGGUACUGAUUUAAAAUUAUUAGCAAAAGGACAAAUUAUUAUAACAACGGCGGAAAAAUGGGAUGUUCUAUCCCGUCGUUGGAAACAAAGAAAAAAUGUCCAAAAUAUCCAUUUAUUCAUCGUUGAUGAACUCCAUUUAAUUGGAGGAGAAGAUGGACCGGUAAUUGAAAUAGUUUGUUCGAGGAUGAGAUAUAUUUCAUCGCAAAUUGAGCGUCAAAUAAGAAUUUUAGCGCUAAGUGGUUCUUUGACUGAUUAUCGAGAUGUCGCUCAAUGGCUUGGUUGUAACUCGAAUUGUACGUUUAAUUUUCAUCCGAGUGUUCGCCCUGUGGGGUUACAACUUCAUGUGCAUGGUGUUAACAUCACUCAUAACCUCUCUAGAUUAAUUGCGAUGUCAAAACCGGUUUAUAACGCAAUUACUAGACAUAGUCCUCAUAAACCAGUUAUAAUUUUCGUGCCAACAAGAAAACAAGCACGCCUAACAGCAAUCGAUUUAUUAACUUAUACUUCAGCAGAAGGACAACCAAACAAAUUUUUCCACGCCGAAGAAGAUGACAUAAAACCAUUUUUAGAUCGUAUGAGUGAUAAAACUUUAAAAGAAACCCUUUCGCAGGGUGUUGCUUAUAUGCACGAAGGUUUAACAGCGAGUGAUUUGCGUUUAGUUGAGCAAUUAUUUGAUUCCGGUGCGGUUCAAAUCGCCGUUGUGACUCGCGAUUUAUGUUGGGCUGUAAAUAUUUUCGCUUAUUUAGUUAUUAUAAUGGACACGCAAUUUUAUAACGGAAAAAUUCACGCUUACGAAGAUUAUCCCAUUACUGAUGUGCUUCAAAUGGUUGGUAGAGCGAAUAGGCCGCUAGAAGACGAUGAUGCGCGUUGUGUUUUAAUGUGCCAAAGUUCGAAAAAAGAUUUCUUUAAAAAGUUUUUAAACGAUUCUUUACCAGUUGAGAGUCAUUUAGAUCACCGAUUACACGACCACUUCAACGCUGAAAUCGUAACUAAAACUAUCGAAAACAAACAAGAUGCAGUUGAUUACUUGACUUGGACGUUUUUGUACCGGCGAUUAACUCAAAAUCCGAAUUAUUACAACUUACAAGGGGUUACUCAUCGGCAUUUAUCCGAUCAUUUAUCAGAGUUGGUUGAGAAUACAUUUUCUGAUUUGGAACAAUCUAAGUGUAUUAGCGUUGAGGACGAUAUGGAUUCUUUGCCGUUAAAUUUAGGAAUGAUUGCCGCUUAUUAUUACAUCAAUUACACAACGAUAGAACUUUUUAGUUUGUCGUUAAAUAGUAAAACGAAAAUUCGCGGUCUUUUGGAGAUUAUUUCAUCGGCGGCUGAAUAUGAAGAUGUUUUAGUACGUCAUCGGGAAGAUCAUGUUUUAACUAGUUUGGCUCAAAGACUACCGAAUAAAUUAACGAGCGCAAAUGGUGGUCAACCUAAAUACAACGAUCCUCAUAUCAAAACAAAUCUGUUGUUACAAGCGCAUCUUUGUCGGUUUCAAUUAGGGGCUGAACUUCAAGGAGAUACUGAAGCGGUUUUGAGCAAAGCGAUUAGACUUAUUCAAGCAUGUGUCGACGUGUUAAGUUCAAACGGAUGGUUAAGUCCCGCAGUGGCCGCUAUGGAAUUAGCCCAAAUGGUUACCCAAGCAAUGUGGAGUAAGGAUUCGUAUUUGAAGCAAUUACCUCAUUUUUCUAAUGAAAUUAUUAAGCGAUGUACUGAAAAGAAUGUAGAAACUGUUUUCGAUAUAAUGGAAUUAGAAGAUGAUGACAGAUCGAAACUCCUUCAAUUAAGCGACACCCAAAUGGCGGAUGUCGCAAGAUUUUGCAAUCGAUACCCGAACAUUGAAAUGACAUAUGAGGUAUUAGACAAAGAUAAAAUACAUUCGGGGUCGUCGGUUCAAGUCGCUGUUCAGUUAGAAAGGGAGGAUGAAGUCAGUGGGCCCGUUAUUGCACCGUUUUUCCCACAAAAAAGAGAAGAAGGGUGGUGGGUGGUGAUUGGAGAUCCAAAAACGAACUCGUUACUUUCAAUCAAAAGGCUCACUUUGCAACAAAAAGCACGCGUCAAAUUGGAUUUUGUUGCCCCACGACCUGGACACCACAACUACACCUUGUACUUUAUGAGCGACGCUUAUUUAGGUUGCGAUCAAGAAUACAAGUUUUCUAUUGAUGUUGGUGAUUUUGAAAGUAGUGGUAGCGAGUCCGAUUAAUUUGGAAAUAUUAAUUUAAGUUUAAUGUAGUAUUAAUUAAUUUUUUAUAUACAUAAAAUAUUGAACGUUUAUAA